CACAGGGUGCCAAGCGAGCCUGGCUAGCACCCUAACACAGCGCCAGGCUCUUUUGCAUUCACCAGUGCUCGGGACCUCGGGGUCCGCUGGCGAGCAUCACCUUCAGGUUAGACGUUCCGGACCUCUGGGGUCGGAGACACAAGGGACGGGAGAACAAGCGAGGCCGGCGGGGCGACCGCUCCAGAGGUCGGCCGGCUCUUGGAAGCCGAACCACUUCCCUUCGAGGUGAAGCGACCAUGGAGCGGUUCCUGGCCCAGCUGUGCGACACCAGCGUGUUGCACCCGCUCCCGGUGUGGGAGGGGGACACCACCGGCCACUGCUUCACCCAGCUGGUGCUCAGCGCCCUGCCCCAUGCGCUCCUCGCCGUGCUCAGUGCCUGCCACUGGGGCACUCCGAGGAAUCCAGAGUAUAUCCUGUACUGCAGUCCCGGCUGGCGCCUCCGACUCACAGCCUCCUUCCUGCUCUUCAUCUUUCCAUUACUAGACCUCCUUCCAGUGGUUUUGCCACCAGGGGCAGGCCCAGGACCCAUAGGGCUAGAAGUGCUAGCAGGGGGUGUGGCAGCUGUGGCCUGGAUCAGCCACUGCCUGGCCUUGUGGGCGUUGGCUCAUUCCCCUCAUGGCCACUCCCGGGGACCAUUGGCCUUGGCUCUGGCUGCCUUCCUGCCAGCCCCAGCCCUAAUGCUGACUCUGCUGUGGCACUGCCAACGAGGCACACUUCUGCCCCCGCUUCUCCCAGGACCCCUAUCCCGCCUAUGUCUUCUCAUCCUGCAGCUGGCUGCGCUCUUGGCCUAUGGAUUGGGCUGGGCGGUCCCUGGGGCAUCACGGGGGCCCUGGGCCCAGGAGCUCCUCCUGUCUCAAGGACAGGAGUCUGAGGUAGCUGAAGAUGGAGAAAGUUGGCUGUCACGCUUUUCCUAUGCCUGGCUGACACCCUUGCUGGCCCGAGGGGCCCGUGGAGAGCUCCGGCAGCCCCAGGACACUUGCCACCUUCCACGCAGACUGCACCCAACUUACCUGGCUCGUAUCUUCCAGGCACAUUGGCAGGAAGGGGUCCGGCUGUGGAAAGCCCUGUAUAAGGCCUUUGGCCGGCACUACCUGGCACUUGGACUCCUGAAGCUGGUGGGGACCAUGCUGGGAUUCUCAGGGCCCUUGCUGCUUUCCCUCCUGGUGGGCUUCCUGGAGGAGGGGCAGGAACCACUAAGCAAUGGACUACUGUAUGCCCUGGGGCUAGCUGGUGGGGCCGUCCUGGGUGCUGUGCUACAGAAUCAGUAUGGGUAUGAGAUAUGGAAGGUGACACUUCAGGCACGGGGGGCUGUGCUGAAUAUUCUGUACCGAAAGGCUUUACAGCUGGGGCCCAGACGCCCUCCUGCCGGGGAGGCCUUGAACCUACUGGGCACCGACUCUGAGCGGCUGCUCAACUUUGCUGGGAGCUUCCAUGAAGCCUGGGGCCUGCCCCUGCAGCUGGCCAUUACCCUCUAUCUGCUGCACCAGCAGGUGGGUGUGGCCUUCGUGGGUGGUCUGAUCCUGGCCCUGCUGCUGGUCCCUGUCAACAAAGUGAUUGCCACGCGCAUCAUGGCCAGCAACCAGGAGAUGCUACAGCACAAGGACGCAAGGGUUAAGCUCAUGACAGAGCUGCUGAGUGGCAUUCGGGUCAUCAAGUUCUUCGGGUGGGAGCAGGCACUGGGGGCCCGGGUAGAGGCCUGCCGGGCUCAAGAACUGGGGCGGCUCAGAGUCAUCAAAUACCUGGAUGCAGCCUGUGUGUACCUGUGGGCUGCCCUGCCGGUUGUCAUCUCCAUUGUCAUCUUCAUCACCUAUGUCCUCAUGGGGCACCAGCUCACUGCCACCAAGGUGUUCACGGCAUUGGCACUGGUGCGCUUGCUCAUUCUUCCCCUCAACAACUUCCCUUGGGUGAUCAAUGGCCUCCUGGAGGCCAAAGUGUCCUUGGACCGGAUCCAGCGUUUCCUUGACCUUCCCAACCACAGCCCCCAAGUCUACUAUAGCCCAGAUCCCCCCACAGAGCCAUCUACAGCGUUGGAACUCCAUGAAGCCCUGUUCUCCUGGGAUCCAGUUGGAACCAGCCAGGAGAUCUUCAUCAAUCACCUCGAAGUGAAGAAGGGUGUCUUGGUGGGCAUCGUGGGGAAGGUGGGCUGUGGAAAGAGCUCGCUGCUGGCCGCCGUUGCUGGGGAGCUCCACAGGCUGCAUGGGCAGGUGGCUGUGUGGGGACUGUCCAAAGGCUUUGGCCUGGCCACCCAGGAACCCUGGAUCCAGUUUGCCACCAUCCGAGACAACAUUCUCUUUGGGAAAACAUUUGAUGCCCAACUGUACAAAGAAGUGAUCGAGGCCUGCGCCCUUACUGAUGACCUCCAUAUUUUGCCUGCUGGAGACCAGACAGAGGUGGGGGAGAAGGGUGUGACCCUCAGCGGGGGACAGCGGGCCCGGAUUGCCCUUGCUCGUGCUAUCUACCAGGAAAAGGAGCUCUAUCUCCUCGAUGACCCUCUGGCUGCUGUGGAUGCAGACGUGGCCAGCCACCUUCUGCAUAGGUGCAUCCUGGGGGUGCUGAGCCACACUACAAGGCUACUCUGUACCCACCGCACCGAGUACCUGGAGAAGGCAGAUUUGGUGCUGCUGAUGGAGGCCGGGCGCCUUCUCCGGGCUGGGCCUCCCUCUGAGAUCCUGCCGUUGGUACAAGCUGUCCCCAAAGCCUGGGCUGAGGAGGGACAAGAGGCUGACUCAGCUGCAGUGCAGUCAGUCGGGAACCUGGAGAAAACAAAGGAGAGGCUGGAAGUGGAGGAGAAAACAUGUGGCCAUCUGCUGCAGGAAGAAAGCAAGAAGGAGGGUGCCGUGGCCUUGCACGUGUACCGAGCAUACUUGAGGGCCGUGGGCCUGGGCCUGGCCCUAGCCAUCCUCCUCUCCUUGCUCCUCAUGCAAGGCACAAGGAAUGCUGCUGACUGGUGGCUCUCCCACUGGAUAUCCCAGCUGAAGGCAAACAAGAAUAACUCCCAGGAGGUGCCAGCCCCCACCAACCCGGGAUCCACAGGGCUCCUCUCUGCCCAGCUGCUCCUCUUCUCCUCCGGAAACCUCUACACCUCAGUGUUCCCACUGCCAAAAACUGCCUCCAAUGGCUCCUCAGACAUCCGUUUCUACCUCACCGUAUACGCAACCAUUGCUGGUGUCAACUCCCUCUGCACCUUUCUCCGGGCAGUGCUCUUUGCAGCGGGCACCCUCCAAGCGGCCGCCACCCUACAUCGCCGCCUGCUGUGUCGAGUCCUUAUGGCACCAGUGACUUUCUUCGACUCCACACCUGCCGGCCGGGUUCUAAACCGCUUCUCCUCCGACGUGGCCUGUGCAGAUGACAGCCUGCCCUUCACCCUCAACAUCCUGCUGGCCAAUGCAGCAGGCCUGCUGGGCCUCUUGGCAGUGCUGGGCUCGGGCCUGCCCUGGCUGCUACUGCUGCUGCCCGCUCUGAGCGUCCUCUACUACCGCGUGCAGCGCCACUACAGGGCCUCCUCCCGGGAGCUGCGGCGCCUGAGCAGCCUCACUCUGUCACCUCUCUACACCCACCUGGCUGACACCUUGGCUGGCCUCCCUGUGCUCCGGGCCGCAGGGGCCACCUCCAGGUUUGAGGAGGAGAAUCAGAGACUCCUGGAGCUAAACCAGAGGUGCCAAUUUGCCGCCAGUGCCACGAUACAGUGGCUAGACAUUCGGCUGCAGCUCAUGGGAGCCACAGUGGUCAGUGCCAUCGCGGGCAUCGCCCUGGUGCAGCACCAGCAGGGCCUCACCAACCCAGGACUGGUGGGCCUGUCACUGUCUUACGCUCUGUCCCUGACGGGCCUGCUCUCUGGCCUGGUGAGCAGCUUCACGCAGACAGAAACCAUGCUGGUAAGCGUUGAGCGCCUCGAGGAGUACUCCUGUGACCUGCCCCAAGAGCCCCAGGGCCAGCUGCCAAGGCUGGGCGUUGGCUGGCUGACCCAGGGGAGUGUGGAGUUCCAGGAUGUGGUGCUGGUAUACCGGCCGGGGCUGCCAAAUGCCCUGGAUGGAGUGACUUUCCGUGUGCAGCCUGGAGAGAAGUUGGGCAUCGUGGGCCGCACAGGCUCUGGCAAGUCUUCCCUGUUGUUGGUGCUCUUCCGGCUGCUGGAACCUAGUUCGGGGAGAGUGCUGCUGGACGGUGUGGACACCAGCCAGCUGGAGCUGGCUGAACUCAGAUCCCAGCUGGCUAUCAUCCCCCAGGAACCCUUUCUGUUUAGUGGGACUGUUCGGGAAAACCUGGAUCCCCAGGGCCUGCAUGAGGACAGGGCCCUGUGGCAGGCCCUGGAGCAGUGCCACCUGAGCAAGGUGAUCGUGUCCUUGGGUGGCCUGGAUGGUGAGCUGGGUGAGGGGGGCCGGAGCUUAUCCCUGGGGCAGAGGCAGCUGCUGUGUCUGGCCAGGGCUCUCCUCACGGAUGCCAAGAUCUUGUGUAUCGAUGAGGCCACGGCGAGUGUGGACCAGAAGACAGACCAACUGCUCCAGCAGACCAUUUGCAAACGCUUUGCCAACAAGACAGUGCUGACCAUUGCACACAGGCUCAACACGAUCCUGAACUCUGACCGUGUACUGGUGCUACAAGCAGGGAGGGUCGUGGAGCUGGACUCCCCCGCUGCCCUGCGCAGCCAGCCCCACUCGCUAUUCCAGCAGCUGCUGCAGAGCAGCCAGCAGGGAUCCCAGUCCUCUCGCUGAGGGUCCUGAGCCUGCCCUCCCACUGUCCUACAGGGUCUCCCCUUGGUCUUACCUAGUCCUGAGCAGCUGCAGGGGUGCUGGCUGCUUGUUUACAUUCUCCUUUGUGGCUCUACCUCUCCCUCACUUCCCAGAGGGGAAAAGGGGACCCUGUUCUCUUGCGGGGCAGAGUCCUGAGGCUCCAGAACCAGGCCUCUGCUCUGGUCCUCUUACAGCUGGGACUUCAGGCAGAUUUUCUGGCAAAGGAGCCCAUGUGCACUUUUCAUAGUUUUAUUUGAUAAAAUUUCCAUCUUACAGUCUAUGUAUUAAAAAAAUAAUAUUUC